AUGUACAGUUUAUCGUGUUUUUUUCCAGCUCAAUAUGACAGUUAUCCAAUUAAUGGCACAGUAGCUUCGUUAAUACCAUUAUCAUCAGACGAAAGUCUAACAUCAGCAACAACUCAAUUGAUUAAUAAUUUUACUGACUCAGUCAUUUCUGCACGAGAACAAAUAUCAAACACAACAGAAAACUCAACGUUCGUUUCACUAUAUAAUACUGUGGAUAACAUUACGAGCAUUGAAAAUGGCUACAAUUAUUCAGUAUCGUUGUUGUAUUCCACCGAUUCUAUCCAUCAAUUUGAAAAUUCUACUACAUAUGUACAAGAUGAGCUAACUCCUAGUAAUUUAACACAUAUUUCUAUUACAGACCCGGAAAACGCGAGUAAUGUAACAUUUACUAACGAUUUUGAUUAUACUGAUAUACCAAAUGGAACAACAGCUCUUGUAUAUGAUAAUAAAUUAGAGACCAAUAUUCAAAAUUCGACUUCAAUAUUUAGUUCGUUUUACGAUUACGAUACGACAGAUAUACAAGACAAAUAUUCAAAUAUUUCAACUUUGUUCGAUAAUGUUUCGUUGUUUAAUGUUAAUGUUACAUUCAGUACUACUGCUAAGCCUAUAGAAUAUAGUGAACAUACUGCAUUUGAUGAUCAAGAUUUUAAUUCAACUUUUGUAACAAAUCAUGAAUCAACGAUAUAUGAUACAUCAUAUUCAACCGCUGUAUUUAGCGAAGAUACCGAUAUUUCCGAUUUAACAACAUUUACUGAUAGUGACGAUCGAACAACCUUAUCCAAUGAUUUAACGACUAAAUUCGAAAAAACAUUAAUAUUGGAUGACAUUUGUCGUUUGAAUCCUGACAAGUGUUCAUGGGAAAAUUCUUACGAUAUCGAUAAAACUGAUUCAUCUCUACCACAAGCAUUAUGGAAAAAAACUUUAUCAUCUUUUUCGGUUGGUAAUACUUCACUAGAUAAAAGACCUGCAGGCUCUGAUUCUGUUGUCUACAUUGUCGAAUAUAAACCACAAUGUUUAAAUCGUGUUUGUAAAGUAAAAUUAAAACAUACAAAAACAAUUAAUAUCAAAACAAAUGGUUGUUUAAAAUUUUCAAUAUGGGCAAGAGGAAAUCUUAGAAAUAGUCAAUUUUGGAUUGAAGAAUUAUCGAUACAAAACGGUCGUGAAGAAAUUUCUAUUAGAGAAAUUGGUUUAUCACUUAUGUUUAAAAAUAAGACAGAUUGGAUACACAUCCAACAUGAAAUUAAAAAAAAUAUAUUUCCACAAAAAACAUUGAUGUUAAAAGUUAGAAUUACGUUCAAAGAUCCACUGAUUGAUAGUUUUGCAAUUUCAAAUUUGAAAUUAGACUUAACAAAGGAAUGUAUGGAUAAAUCUGCUCUGUUAACUACUCAACAUUACCGACAUAAUGAGACUUCAACAACCAAAUGGUCUCGUUUUCCUUAUUAUACAACAAUUAAUAAUUACAGACGACAAAGAAUAGAGAAUCGUUCAACAACUGUUCAACGUCGUUUAACACUUCGUUCAUUUGAUGAAAUUGAAGAAGGAUCUGGGUCAACAACAAAUAUAUUUCCCACAGAGUAUGCCACCACCAAUGAUGAAUCGAGUGCUAUGAUAAUGAUUAACAAUACUCUUCAUACUACUGAUGACUUUUCAUUAUACACAAAUAUAAUUGAUAGCAAUAGCUCUGAGAUUUCGACUAUGUCUGGAACAAAUAUCGAAUUAACCUCAACUAUACAGGAUGACUUAGUCGUAACAGAUUCUUCUGAAAUAAAAACAAGUAGAUCAACCGUUGCUUACAAAAAAUCGUAUCCUCGUUCAUCAUCGUUACUCAUAUUUCCGCUUGAAAUGAAUAUUGCAAAGCGUUUUAUUAUUAUUAUAUCAACAUUAUGUUUAUCACUCGUCUGUUGUACAACAUUAUGUGCCAUAUGUGCUCUGUGUCGUCGACGAACUGCAGUGUGGAAUGUACGUUUCGAUUCACCAAUACAACUGAUUCGUAAAAUAUCUUUACACUCAUUACCAUUGAAACAAAUAAGUCGACAGGCAUCGACAAUUGUACGACCGAAAAGUACAGUAUUAAAAGCUGUUAGCUCAAUUUAUAGUAAAGACAUAUCAUCACGUUACAAACCGACUGAUACGCCUUCAUCAUCGAUGUCAACGUCAAGCCAAAUGUCAAAACUAUCAGAUAAUUCAGCCGCAUCUUAUUACACUUACUUGUAG